UGUCAUGUCGUUUUAACUUUCGUUUUCCAAAUAGUCGCCGAUGGACUGCGCCCUGUUAUAACCUUAAUAUGAUAGGAUCCGUCCAGCAAUAAUCGCUUAGUAUGGAGAGUCCUGAGGUCCAUACAAAAAAACAACUUAGAAACUGCUUACUUUGUAAAAGACCCGAAGAGUCGCAUGAAACAGGACCUCUCUCGACCAAGAGCUCCGUGACUGCACAUCAAAACUGCCUGCUGUACUCCUCUGGGAUUUACUGUGAGAACACCCCAGAGCAUGAUGAUCUGUUUGGGUUUUCUGUGGAGGACGUGAAGGAGGAGGCAAGGCGCGGGAACAAACUGAAAUGUGACGACUGUAAGAAGUCUGGAGCCACCGUUGGCUGUGAGGUAAAGCGAUGCACCAAGUCUUUCCACUUCCCGUGUGCUAUCGGGGCCGGAGCAAGAACUGUGGAAAGCAAAAAGGGGACAUACGCGGUGUAUUGCAAAAAACACAGUUCACAAAAUGAAGGAGGGGCCAAUGGAGUCUCCUCAGCAGAUUCCUCUGACUCCUCCACACGGCACUCAUCACAGGUUUCUCGUCGUCACAGUGAAAGGAACAGAGGAACUAGUCAUUUGGAUAAUUCCAGAAAUGAUAUUGCAACUGAAAACCAUGAAACCCCCCGCCCCUUCAAUGGUGAUUCAAUUCCAGGACCGUCUACCAGUUCAGACAGUCGCAGACCUUUGAAGAGACGAUUGAAGUACAAUGAAAAAUCUGAGAGACCCCCCAAAAUGUUUGCCCCUAUAGAGUCGGACUUGGACUCGGAGGACGAUGAGGAUAGCAGCCAAACAAACCAAAGACCAGGAGAUUUGAGUCUGCAGUUGAACAGAAAUUACAUGGAAACAGCUACUGCUUCCGUAUCAGAUCCGGCGACAAAUGAAGCCGGUUCUGAGGAGGAAGACGAUGGAACAUUGGUCGAUUCAAAAAGGAUAGGCUCGGUAGCAGAGCCGAUGCGCUUUGUGGUGCCUGUGAUGCUCUGUAACGUGUCAUACAGUUCUGAGACCACAGAGGAGGAUCCUGAUACUCAUACAUACCUCUCCUUCGACCCCCACCCAGCUGAGCCUUCUGGCCCAGCUGAGCCUUCUGGCCCUGCUGCCCCUGCUGCCCCUUGCCCUGCCCCCCACUCCCCUAUGUCACCAGGAUCCCCUUCUUUACUUGAUCCCUGUUUUGGACCAAGCUCCCUUAUUGUAGCAGAUUCCCCUGUCGUACCGGGUUCCCCCGUCGUACCGGGUUCCCCCGUCGUACCGGGUUCCCCCGUCGUAUCGGGUUCCCCCGUCGUACCGGGUUCCCCCGUCGUACCGGGUUCCCCCGUCGUAUCGGGUUCCCCCGUCGUACCAGGUUCCCCCCAUAUACUAUGUUCCAUAAGUUCAAGAGAUGCAGCAGGUUUUCCUCGAAGCGGCCAUGCAACAGAAGCAUUGUCGUCUCCCCACCCCGCUACCCUCCCCUCCAGACCAGCUCCCAGGGGCCAGAUUCCUCCUCUUAGAAUACGGCUCACCUCCGCCCCAGGGCCCUCCUCCGCCCCAGGGCCCUCCUCCGUCCCAGGGCCCUCCUCCGCCCCAGGGCUCACCUCCGUCCCAGGGCCC